AGCCCCGGCCGCCCCUUAUAAGAGACACAAUCCCCGGCCUCUGGCUUGCAAAAGGGGGCUUUGCGAGGCAGGCUGCGCACACGCGAGCGCCACGAGCCUCCCCGCAGCCCGGUGCGCAGGGGGGCAGAGGAGGGGGGCAGAGAGGGAGGAAGCGCCGCGCUCUCUCCGUCCCCCUGCGAGCCCGGCCGCCGCGCGCCAGCCCCGCGCGCCCCGUCUCGCUCUCCCCUGGCUGCCAAUGGCCAGCGCCAGCCCUGCCAAGAUGGACAGCGGCGCCAGCCAGUUCCUGCAGCCCGCCUGCUUCUUCGCCGCCGCCCAGAGCGUGCCGCCGCCGCCGCCGCCGCCGCUCAGCCCGGCCGGCGGCCAGCCCUCGCCGGGCGGCAAGGCGGCGGCGGCGGCGCCCAAGCCCCUCAAGCGGCAGCGCUCGUCCUCCCCGGAGCUGAUGCGCUGCAAGCGGCGGCUCAACUUCAGCGGCUUCGGCUACAGCCUCCCGCAGCAGCAGCCGGCGGCCGUGGCGCGGCGGAACGAGCGGGAGAGGAACCGGGUGAAGCUGGUGAACCUGGGCUUCGCCACCCUCAGGGAGCACGUCCCCAACGGGGCGGCCAACAAGAAGAUGAGCAAAGUGGAGACGCUGCGCUCGGCCGUCGAGUACAUCCGAGCCCUGCAGCAGCUGCUGGACGAGCACGACGCCGUCAGCGCCGCCUUCCAGGCCGGGGUGCUGUCCCCCACCAUCUCCCCCAGCUACUCCCACGACAUGAACUCCAUGGCGGGCUCCCCCGUCUCCUCCUAUUCCUCCGACGAAGGGUCCUACGACCCGCUGAGCCCCGAAGAGCAGGAGCUGCUGGACUUCACCAACUGGUUCUGAGCUCUGGCUGCAGCAGGAGUGUUGCAAAAACAAAAAACAAAACGCAUUUCCCCCCCGCCGCGGAAGGGAAAAGACAUAGCACACGAGGAGUUUGUGUCGCCUCUCCAAGAACACCGAAGCACUCACUGCCUUUGCACUCCGGUCAGUUUCACAAGACCAAGAUGGAUUUGAAAGCUGCGGGGACCACGGCAUGAUGAAGCAUGUGUCCUCAAAAACAAGUGUCAUCCUAUCCCUCUAGGGAAGAGCACUGCCUAGCCUCAACAUAGAGAGGGGCUCUUCCCCACCCCAUCCCCUCCUCGUACAGUUUUAGCCCUUAAAGACUGGUGUUCAUUACGCUAUGGCCACAAUUAGUUUCCUAAUGUUUGUGGAGGUUUUGAAAUUAAACUAUGCUGUACUCAAAGAACCCUCUAAAGUCACCCCUCCCCCCAUCACUUUGACUUUUUUCUACCAUUUUCAUCAUUGAAUGCUUCCAGUCCUUUUUUGUGAAUUUUUUAUUAUAAGAAAAUCUAUUUGUAUCUAUCCUAACCAGUUUGGGGAUAUAUUAAGCUAUUUUUGUACAUAAGAGAGAAAUUUAUAGAGGUUUUUUGUACAAAUGGUUUAAAAUGUGUAUAUCUUGAGACUUUUUUU